AUGGCCUCCUCACCGCUGGGUGACGAUGUCUUCGAGCAGCUCCGCAAACCUCUGGAUCCGAAAGUGAUCGAAGAGCGGGAAAAGGUUGUCAACGAGCGUGUCCAUGCCGCAUACGAGAAGGCAGAAGCGCGGCAGCAUGAACUGAUCUCCCUGAACUCCACCGCGCCGGUGACCAUCUCCUCUAUCCGAGUCCUCCACGCCAACCACACCCGCCAUGGCUUCCUCGAGCGAAUCUUCAACCCAAUACUUUCCCACAACCGCCAGAACCAGCAAUACUGCACCCUUCGUGAAGCUUUGACCGAGAUCUCCGGUGCCGUAGACAAGCUGAAUCGUCUGGACAUCUUUGCGCAGCCAAUCUCUACCUACAUCGAUCGACCCGAGCCUACGGACCCCAGUACCACUCCGACCGAUCAUGCAGUCUUUAUCAGUGCCAAGGAGAGGAGCAGAUACACUAUCAAGACGGGCACAGAGGCUGGCAGUGCAGAGGGAAGCGCGUACGUGAAUGCUGUGUUGAGGAACCUGUUUGGAGGAGCCGAGAGAUUGUCCGCGAACGCGAGCUUAGGAACACGCACAAGAAGCGCAUACAGCGCGACCUUCGACACUCCCAUCUUAUCAAAUCCUGACCUGCGACUAGAAAUUGGAGGUCUGAAGAGCAGCACCCUCAAGCCCUGGGCGAGCCACGAGGAGGUCUUGACUGGUGGACAGGCUCGAUUCUUGUGGCAGACUGGCGCAAACAGCAGGCAUGACAUCGCGUACAAUGGAUUCUGGAGACAGGUCACCGGUCUAGCCGAAAAAGCCAGCCCGACAGUAAGAGCAGACGCCGGCGACAGCUUCAAGUCGAGUAUCUCACACACCUGGACACACGAUUCAAGGGACAUCCCAAUGCUGCCUUCGAGAGGAUAUCUGUUGAAGACUGUCUCGGAGAUCGCUGGUGUGGGCCCCCUCAAAGGUGAUGUGGCUUUCGGCAAGUUUGAGGCGGAGUCGCAAGCUGCUGUACCUAUCCCAAUCUCGGGCAUCAAGGGCGACAACGGUGUGUCUUUCACAGCCGGUCUGAGAGGUGGAAUCCUCGCCCCUCUCCCACUUGGUGGACAAGACAGUCCGGCUCCGAGCAGGAUCAACGACCGUUUCCAACUGGGUGGUCCAACAGACGUUCGCGGAUUCCGCAUCUCUGGUCUGGGUCCUCGUGAUGGCCAAGACGCAGCUGGAGGAGACGUCUACGCUGCUGGUGGUGCAUCACUCCUGUUCCCCUUCCCUCGGCUAGGCAAAGACACGCCACUGCGAUUCCAGGCUUUCAUCAACGGUGGACGAUUACUCCCGCUGCGCGAUACUCGCUCAGGCGAGGCGAAAGAUCGACCUCAGAGCCUGAACGAUGUCACCAAUGGCUUGUCGCGCACAGUUAAUGAUCUUACCGGCAGCCUUCCCAGUGCCGCAGCGGGUUUUGGAGUAGUAUACGCCCACCCUGCCGCCAGAGUUGAAGUCAACUUUUCUCUACCGUUGGUCAUUAGGAAAGGCGAGGAGGGUAGGAAAGGCUUGAGCUUUGGCGUCGGUCUGAACUUCCUAUAG